AGUAAUUAAAUUUUGCAUGAUGAAAACUUGUAUCUGAUAGUUGGUACUGCUAGCUGUCAAACCUCAAACUUCCUUUUCCUUGUGGCAUGGUGUCGGCGUAAGAUAAUACGCCAAGAUGCAGAUCUUCGUGAAAACUUUGACGGGUAAGACCAUCACCCUUGAGGUCGAGCCCUCGGAUACCAUCGAGAAUGUGAAGGCCAAGAUCCAGGAUAAGGAGGGGAUCCCUCCGGAUCAGCAGAGAUUGAUCUUCGCCGGUAAGCAGCUGGAGGAUGGCCGCACCCUCUCGGACUACAACAUCCAGAAGGAGUCGACCCUCCACCUCGUGCUGCGCCUGCGCGGUGGCGCCAAGAAGCGCAAGAAGAAGAAUUACUCCACCCCCAAGAAGAUCAAGCACAAGAAGAAGAAGGUCAAGCUCGCUGUGCUGAGGUUCUACAAGGUCGACGAGAACGGCAAGAUCCACCGUCUCCGGCGCGAGUGCACCGGCGAGGAGUGCGGCGCGGGAGUGUUCAUGGCCGUGAUGGAGGACCGCCACUACUGCGGCAAGUGCCACCGCACCAUGGUCCUCAAGGACGAUGACAAAUGAACAUCCAUAGUCUUACUUACCUAGCUUGUAAGGUCCAACCGCUCGGACUGCUGUGUAUGACGGAUUUUUAAAUAAAUCUUGACACAGUGUCUGGCUA